CUCUCUUUAUCCCGACAAAACAGAGAAUGCUUUCUUUCUUCUCUCUCUCUAUCUUAAAACAGAGAGAUCUUAAAAGAAGACAAAAUCUUUACCACCAGACAAGAUCCUCUUCUUCUUAUUACAUGUAAUCACAUAACUUUCUGGGGGAACAAAGACUUCGUUUAAUUCUUUCUUAAUUUUCCUCCGAUGAAGUGUAAACGACACACCGUCGAUUCCACCAGUACCGUCGGCGUCUGCUCUUCUUGCCUCCAUGAACGUCUCCUCUCCCUCGCCGCCUCAAUCGCCGUCGAAGAUAACAACAACAACAACCAUCGUCAAUCAAGAAAAUCUAGUAAUCCUCCUCCUCCCCUCCUGAUCCCCCCUCGCUCCGACGCCGCAGCAGCAGGAGGAGAUCUCGAAUUGAAUCGACCGGAGAAAUCGAAAGAGGGUAAAGUUACGAGAAUCUCGAAUCCAUUCAGAGCUAGAUCUGAUUCCAAUCCCAAAUCGGAAUCUUCUUCUUCUACUACGUCGUCGCGGUCGUGGAUCUCUUCGUUUCUCUCCACCGGUCGCGCAAAGAAGCAACACACCUUCGAGGACGGAAUCUCCGGAUGUCGAGGAAUGUCGCCUGCUAGAGAGACGGGAGGGGAGGAUGGCAAUGAGGUGCCUUAUGGAUCGAUUGAGGAAACUCCGGGGAGAGCGAGGAGAACUACUCCGGCGGUGAAAACUCCGGGGAGGAGGAAGAUUAUGACGGGGAUGGGUUUCUGUUUGAGUCCGUUGGUGAGGGCGAGGCCUAACUGUCCUUUUAAACGGAAAAGUAGGUUUCCGUCGGAGUUUGUUGGAAAUGCUGGGGAGGUGACUGCGGGGGAGAAGCCGCAUAUCGCUGAAGCGGCGUCGUUUGUAGCGAAUAGGUCGAAGAAGCUCGUGGAUUUGGGUAGAGGGAAUCAACGACGUUGAGUUUUUGGUGGGGUUUGAUCACCGGCGACAAGGUUCGUGUGUUUUCCAGCGAUGAAUGGUUUCCUUGUGAGUAAGUAACCAGCAGACAAGACGCUCUUUUUGGUGGGGGGAGGUGGUUUAAAGGUGUAGUGCCAAGUCUACUAUUGAUGCUGAUUUCGCUACGAAGACACUCAAAGUCGAAUGCCAAGAGAGUUUCAGGCACUUUUUAAGAAGAGAUAAGUUCUGUCUAUGGAUGCGAACAAGCUGGACACUUGCUUGAGAGAUGCAUGCAUAUAUAAGCUUGCUCCCUGAAGAAUGUUCCAGCCUCUAUGCAACAUCUUGGCCUUAGUUCCAACAAAGCUGGCUGUUUCAACAUCUCCUCUCCAAAAUGUUGCAUUGGUGCUACUGUGCACAAUGUCUAUUUUGAUGUUUUCUAUCUUGCUGCAACUGGGAGAGGGUAAAGAAGAGAGUCAUGUGAACCAGGAGAGCUUCAAGACUUUUGUGUGUGAUUCUAUACAUACUAGUACACUCAUAUUCAAAUUUUUUUGGGCCUAGUAAUGGGCCUUAUAAUAGACCAGUUAUAUAUCAUUUAUGAUUAGUAAAUCAAUACCAGAACAUAGCAAAACCAAACCAAAAAAUAUCCUUAAAGCCUUUUUCAGACACUGUUUAUAUAUACAGACCAAGGGAAAGAAUAAAACGUGAGACUCACUCAUAACUAUCAGAGUCACACACCUGAAAGCCACCGGAAAAGCUCGCUAAUCUCCUCUCCAGCAUGAUUCGCUUCCAAGUCAACCACCAUCUCCUCACUCCUCCUACUACUCCCUGUGAAAAACCUCCCAGAGCUCCUAAACGACAUCGCACGAGACGAAACACCACGCGAGAGCCUGUCCACGUAAUCCUUAAGCCAGCUUCUUGAACCUUCGUUACCACCCCCUAUCUCCCCCGCCAAACUCGCUUCAAACGCUGCAUUAGAAUUCGACGUCGUAACCGCAACCGCAGUCGCGUCUCCAUGUUUUCGCGGCGCGUUUCUCUGACUAAUGUUCGACUCUGAUAUUUCUGAAUCCACGUCGUCCACAACGUAAUCAAACGAUCCGAUCGAGUAAGACCGGUGCUGGUCGCCGGAUUCUGGAGUCGGAUUGUUGCGACGGCUGAUGGAUCCAAUUUCGAGACGGAAGCUGUUAUCUCCUCCUCCACCGCCGUUGUUGUUUACAAGAGAGGCGGAGGUGUUAAGAGCCUUCAUGAGAUCAGACUCUGACGCGAACAGAGGAGAGCGACAGAGAGGACACGUUUGGUUCGCCUUAAGCCAAAUAUCGAUACAAUCCGCGUGGAACGCGUGGCAACACAAAGGAAGAAGACGAAGCUGAUCGUCAGGUUCGAAUUUCGACAAACAAACGGCGCAGUCGCUGGAGUUAGAUGCGGUAGAUCGGCGAGUGACGGAGGAGAAUUUGAAAACCGGGAGCGAGUCUAGCACCGAGGAACGUUCCGUCUCGGGAGAGACUCGUCGAGUGGAGAAUCUGAGUGACUCGGAGGAGGAGGAAGUGUAAGAGGGAGAGAGAGGAGAGUGGUGGCUACAGCGGUUAAGGCAACGGAGGAGGAAGCAGAUGGAGACGGAGAUGAGGAGAGUCAUGAGGAGGAUGAGGAUGAUUACUAGGACGCUAGGUUUUAGACUGUCGAGAGAUGAAGAGUGAGAAUCGCCAUGGCUAGGGUCGAUGAGAGACUCCAUUGAGAUGAGAGAGAGAGGGAGGGAAGAAGAAGAUGAGUGUGUUUGUAUUAAUGGUGUUGGUGAAGGGAGAAGAAAGGGAGGAGGGCACGUGAGAAAGUCAUGGUCUAUGAAAGAUUUAUAAAAGAAGAGGGAGAGAGAGAGAGACAGAGAAAUAAAUGUUACCGAACCAACUCUAACUGUCGAUAUUUAAUAC